GAGACCCUCUACCUCGCGGUGUACAUCAUCGACCGGUACCUCUCGAUACAUAAGCCCGUGCUUCGAAGUGAGCUGCAGAUGGUAUGCGCCUCGGCCCUGCUGAUCGCCUGCAAGUAUGAGGAGGAGGACGCCUGGGAUCCAGAGGGAGCAGAUACUGGGGACGGAGAUGGCCAUUCUGAACACGCUUGAAUGGAACCUGUCAGUUCCUACACAUUACGUGUUCCUUUCAAGCUUUGCCAGGGCCUCGUCCUCCUCACAUCCGAAGAACGAUGAGGAGAUGGAGAACAUGGUGUUCUUUUUUGCUGAACUGGCGCUGCUGCAGUAUGCGCUGGUGCUGUCCAAGCCCUCCAUGGUUGCUGCUGCUGCUGUCUAUGCAGCCAGGCUCACACUCAAGAGGACGCCUCUAUGGACUGAGACUCUCAAGCACCAUACUGGCUUUACCGAGUCACAGCUAAUGGAUAGUGUAAAGAUCCUGGUGACCGCGCACUCGGCUGCCCCUGCGAGCAAGUUGAAGGUGGUGUACGAGAAGUAUUCCAGCGAAAAGUUAGGAGGAGUGGCCCUGCGCCCACCUGCACUCGACUUCUGCAAAUAAUUGGCGAUUUCGUUGACAGUCCUUGCCAUUUGUGUGAUAAAAUGCACCUUGAUAUGCCACAGGGAAAUUCAAGGAGGAAGCGAUCGAUAGCGGACUUCGUCACCAAAGCGAAGUAGCUGCUGCAUCCAGUACCUAGGCUAGACUACCACAAUAUAUAUUAUCCACGGUAGUUGUCAAGGCUUACGGUCCUGAUAAUUAUUUUUCAAGGCUGUAACUAAGCUUUGUGAUACGCACGCAUGGACAUGCAACUUCAGAG